AGCUGCUCAACUAUAAAAGUGGAUGUGGUCGACAGCGCGGAAAAGACCGGAGAGUUGGAGCAAAAGUUACACAAUGGAGUUUUGCAUAUUCGCGCUAUUUACGCUUUUCUCCUCAUUUUACAACGUGUUGGCGUUGUCGCCUAAAGGCGUGUGCCUCCUUCAAGUGGACGAGGGACCCUGCAGAGGAGAAAUCGAGCGCUACCACUACAACACAAUCACGCAAAAGUGCGAGAUUUUCUACUAUGGAGGGUGCCAAGGGAAUGCCAACAAUUUCAAGAGCUAUCAGGAGUGCCAGAAGACAUGUUUCAGAAUUCCAAAGAUCCCCCAGAUCUGCAGGUUUCCUAAACAGGUGGGACCAUGCCGGGCCCUCUUCCGCAGAUACUUCUUCAACAUGACCACCAUGCAGUGCGAGAUCUUUUAUUACGGUGGCUGUCAGGGGAACUCCAAUCGCUUCCAAGACCUUACCUCUUGCAUGGAGUACUGCAGUCCACAAAAAACUAUUCCUGUGCUCUGCCUGGACACUCUGGACAAAGGGAAGUGUUCAGCCUCCAUAACUCGAUACUACUACAACACAGCCACCAAGAUGUGUGAGGAGUUCACCUACACAGGCUGCGGAGGGAGCAGCAACAACUUUGUCUCGAGACAGAGCUGCAUGGACGUGUGUACUAAAGGAGGGAAAAAGCACACAGGCCAAGGAAAAAUUCGUCGCAUGAGACGGAAUAGAAAUAAUCACAUCUUUCGUGCAAGGCAAAAUGUCUGACACCUCUCACUUCUAAGUGUGUUCUCACGGAUGCUCACUGGGACAAGCCCUUAAUGUAAGCUAACAUGUAUUAAACUGGCUUUGUUUAUGCCAAAAAAAUUGUGACCAGGUUCUUUGUUGAUACCGGAAGAGCCUUCAAGUGGCACAUACAGACUGUAUUGGUAUUUGUCAUGCCUUAAAAGCAAAUUUUUCAAAUGUUUUUACUGAUUUUACUGUAUGCUGUUGAUGAAGUCUGUUACUACUGCACUAAUGUUCCUGACUGUGUGUUUUUGAUACUGUAUGUAUGUAAUGUAUGUUUUGUAUAAGUAAUACAAUAUAACAGUGAACUGUUUUAUAAGCACAUUUUUUGAUAAAAUAUACAUUUUAUAAAGUA